AUGACAUUUGACUGGAGCACCAAUCAAACUGACCCCAAUGAUGCUAUGAUCAGCUGGGCCGCAUUCUACAGCGACUGCGAGCAUGAAGUGCUCGAGGUCACCAGCGGUCACCGCCUGACCCUAACCUACAAUCUGUAUGCCGUCCGUGGCGCUGGUCGUCUGACCGGCGUGUCCCCAACUUUAGACCCUACCAAGCUGCCUUUGUUCAAGGCAUUUCAAGCUACGCUGGACCAGGAUCCUUUCAAUGGCCAAGGGCGUCGACGCGGUCUCUGGGAGAUUUUCAGGGCCAUGUACCUGCCUGCCAAGAUUGUGCCAGUCAUAGAGAUGGAUGAGGGCAUCCAGGAUCAAUUCUCGUACUUCUAUGACAAGGCUGAUGAUCCCGAGAAUCCCUGGGCCGUGGCUCUCCGGGCGCGUCUUCCGCCGACAAAGCCCUCCAAAUUUAUCAUCGGCCAUCAAUUUGGAAUUCGCCGUACCAAUAAUAUCCAAGUCGAAAGUGUUAGUGACUACCACUCGAUAUUUACGCGAUGGGGUGAGUAUGCCCCUGAUUCUAUCAAAUGGCUUGUGAAGCCACGGAUGUCUGAGCUCCAGCUGCUGUACAUGGCGGUGAGAAAGCCCCCGGACCCUGCUUCUGCAAAGACCAAAUUAGCUAAAAUUAUUUCAAAGUAUGGUAAUAACGCCAGUAUGGAAGCAAUGUAUUCACGCUGCGCCAUGUUAGUGACGAUUCCGGCGAAAGACGAGCUAUCAUGCAACGAGGAGACCUUCUGA